CGGGCCCGGAAUCCGGGGGAGGCGGGGGGAGGGGCGGGGGAGGGGCGCGGCAGCCGCGCUAUAACCCUCUCCCCGAGGCCGGCCGGCUCCACACGCGCGCCCCGCGGAACCCACACAACUCCAGCAAGCCUGGCCUGUCUGCUGUCCUCCUCUCUACUGGCAGCAGCUGCGGCAGCGGCGCCGGCGCGGCCCUGCGCCCGCCCUCAGGCCCGCGCGGGCCGUGCGGCGAGGCCCCGGGCGGGCAGCAGCUGCCAGGCGGCGCGGCCCCGGGCGCUGCCGGGCCCGGGCUGGUGGAGGGCGGAGCACGGCGCUGGAGCCGAGGGCGCGCCGCGGAGGGGCGCACGCAGGCCGCCGAGCCUCUCGGGGCUGGGCCGCACUGUGCCUGGCCAGGCGGCUGCUGCGAGAGUAGGCCGGAGGCGAGCGCGGGCCAGGCGGUGGGUGCGCAGGGCCGCCUGCAGCCUGCAGCUCGCAGAGAGAUUGCAAGCCCGCAGCAGAGGCCGGGCCGGGUGUCCAGACAGGUGAUCGGUAGUGCGGCGGCUGCGGCUCCAACAGCUCCAGCCUUGCUCUGGAGUCCCUCUUGGGGCUGAUGUCCGCAAAUAUGCAGAAUUAUCGGCCGAGGCGCUCCUAAAGCCAGCGCUGGGGAGCGAGCGCUGCGGCGGCCAGCACCGAGAACGCACCAAGGAAGAAGCCCAACCCCCGCCCUCCGCCCCUUCCGUCCCCACCCUCUACCCGGCGGCCCGGGAGGCUCCCGGCGCUUGCGGGCGCGCACUCCCUGUUUCUCCUCCUCCUCCUCGCUGGCGCUGCCUGCCUCUCUCCGCACUCACGCUCGCGCCGGGCGCGCUCUGCCGGCUCCCUGUUCCCCGCGCCACCCUCCGGGCCGCGCUCCCUGAGGGAUGGUACUGAAUUUCGCCGCCACAGGAGCCCGGCUGGAGCGCCCGCCCCGCGGCCUCGCCUCCCCACCGAGCCGCCCGCGCCUCGGGACGCGAUGAGGACCUGGGCUUGCUUGCUGCUCCUCGGCUGCGGUUACCUCGCCCAUGUCCUGGCCGAGGAGGCGGAGAUCCCCCGCGAGGUGAUUGAGAGGCUGGCGCACAGUCAGAUCCACAGCAUCCGGGACCUCCAGCGACUCCUGGAGAUAGACUCCGUAGCAGCGGCCGAGGGCUGCUCGCUAGCCCAAGGAUUGUUUUCGCAUUUAAAGAAAAUGCCGCGUGUGUCACAGAAAGUUCAGCCGCAUAGAGGGCGCCGGCGCCCCAGCCAGGUGUGUCGGCCUCGCGCCUGCCCGGGGCCCCGAGGAGCUGCGGGAGCCGGCCCAGGACCUGGGCGUAGAGCCUUGGCUGGAGAACCGGACGGCAGUCCGCGAAGGAGGCCCCAGGGGCAGGAGCGGCUCCUGAUCCACCGGCCGCCCAAGGGAGGAGCCGCCUGUUGGCCAGGCCUUUAUGAUGGGGAGCCUGUGCCUUGUUGCCCCAGGGAUGACAGGCCCUUGUCUUUCUCCUUUCACGACUCAAUAAAAAGGCACAACUUGCACACAUCUGCUGGUUGGGGUCUAUUUUGGGGCUGGCUCUCUGGGUCUGGAGCCUGGCCACUUUAGGGAACAGUUUAUUUGUGAGAGUUUCAAAGUGGGUGUCACCUACAGAGUUGGACUAGACUCCGGUCAGCAAGAGUUAAAGACAUUUUCUCACUGGCCUGGGACCUAGGUUGACUGCAGGUGGGGAGAGGGCUGGCGUGGGCUUGGGUGGCUUCCUGCCCCUCGCUUCUCUGCAAGGACUGGAGAGCCAGUUCCUAGAAGCUGAGUGCUUGUUCCCAUCUUUGUGGUGCCCUUUUCAAAAUUAACACUUGGUCCCAGGGACUUCAACAUGAGAGUUAACUAGGGAAGUGCUCAUGUGGGAAACCUUGUCCAUGGCUUUAAAAAAGACCUAAGAUGAACUUGUUGAAAAGAGUAACCAAAGGCAGUAGAAUUGGAAGAAUUUUGAGUGAAAUGAAGGUUUUUUUUCUCCCUGCAAACUACUCUGAAAACAGGGUGGUGGAAUUAAGUAAAAUCACAUGGUCUAGUCAUUUGGAAAUUUGUACCUAAUUAUGGUGGUGAAGAGGCCUGGACUAUUUUCGUUUCAUGCCAAAACCAUUUUUUCUAACCGCCGUUGAUUUCUGUAGUUUCUUGACCCAGGAAAUCCUCUGACUGAUACUUAUCUAGACUGGGUAGAAUUUCACUUGAAGAUCAGAGUUGGCCUGGGGGGAUUUUGAUCUGGUCCCUGGAAUAGAAACCCUGGGGAGAAGGGCUUGGCGUUGAGCUGCUGGGGAAAACACUAGCCUGCAUUACUGGUCCUCUGGAUGUGGAAGUGGAGGGCUGCCUCUCAGAGAAGGUUCCAGGGCUUUUUGUCUGGCUUGAGAAGUGCGGGCUGUGGAGAGCUGGGCCUCCUUGUGGGAUGGGCUUUGGAUGCUACAGGGAAAUGGGCCAUUCACUUGCUGGGAGGACCAUUCUUAUUCUAGUCUCUGCAGUCCCACCCCUACCCCACCCCCACCCUACCAUUUAGCUUUGCUGCUGUAUGGCAUUAUGUGGCUGCAUUCCUGGCCUACCUCCCCCAGCCUCUUUGGGUGGGUCCAAACAGAAAAGGUUGGGAUGCACCAGCCUGUCCUCUUGGCUGGUUUCAAAUUGCUCCCUAUAAAAGUGUCUCCAGAGCUCUUCUGCCUCCUGCCCCAGGGAAUGCAGAGAGUGGGUACCAGUCUUCCUGCUACCUGUCCAAAAGUUUGCCUGGGAAACUUUGGGUGGGGGAGCAAAGUGGGGAGGCCUUGCCCCUCGAGGUACCUUUUAUGACUUGAACUCUUCCCUAGCUGUGGAAACAGAACUGGUAGAGUACAACCUCUGUCCUGGUGGUAUAGAGCCAUGUGGCCGUUUCUCUGAGAGUAGGCUACCUGGUAUUGGGUCCACCUUAUGACUCCAAGCAAUAGGCCCUUCCAGGCUGAUAUUCUUGCUGCUGGGUUUAGGGAAGGCAGUGCUGCAGAAAGCAGAAAAGAGGCUUGGAAGUAUGCAGGUGAGCUCCAGGAAGGUCAGCCCCUACCCCAACCGAUGGGGCCUGCUUUGAGUGUGUAGCUUCUCUCAGUGUGCAGCCUGUAUGGUCAUUUUACUGAUGGGGAGACUGAGCAAGGCAUUUCCUCCCAGCUUGUGGCUCUUUGCUUGUGGUGCCUGAGCUGGUGGGACUGUUGUCCAUCAAGUAUCAUCAAGCACUAGGCAUCUGGAGUGUGCGUGCAGAGUGAGGGACAGUUGAUUUUUCUAUGUGUGGUGGUAUAGUGACCACGGUCUAUCCCACCUGUGAGGUGGUAGUGGCAAGGGUCCUUGUUCUCUGAAGUAGCUGCUGGCCUGGCUCUUGGGUGCCAUGGAGUAACUGACACCUAAAUAUUCCCAUCUCAGGCCAUUAACUCUCCCCAGGAUGAUGGGUGGAGGAUGUGUGCACAGAAGGCAGAGGGAAAGCCUGAGAACAGAUUUUGGGAAUGUUUGUGCCUAUUCCCUGGGUCUGGGCUAUACCAGCUGAUCCUUCUCAGCCAGCAUAGAUCAAAGUGGCUGCUUCUACUGUAAACGUGGGUCAGCACCUGGCUUAUGGCCACCCAACUUGAUCUUGGGCAAAGGGUGGGCUCAUCUGAUAGGAGCUGUUCCCACUCUGUCUCUCAUCUGGGAAGAAAUUUGCGGACACAGACUUCAGCAGGGUUGAAGAACUGGCAGGGCUGUUGUCUUCUCUUUUAAGUAGGGACAAGAGACGGGGGCUGGGAGUGGCGUCUGAGCAUGUCCAGCUGCUUUCCUUGUCUUGUUACUAGGUUUUUCUGGGCCUCAGUUUCCUCAGAUGUGAAGAGGUGAUAGCACUUGCCGUGUACAUGUAAAGAUUAAGUCAUCGGUGAAGUAGUUCAUGCAGGCGUGGUGGUAGUAAGGCUGUGAAGCAUGGCAGCUGAUGUUGGUGUUAAAUUUCCUUCAUGAUGCCAAGCGUGGACCAGUUGUUCUUUGGUUUGGCCGUGUCAAGAUGGCCACCACCAAGAGAUGACUCAGAUGUGUCACUUUUUUGUGAAAAAAUGCUUCUUGUAGCAGUUGGUUGAUGGGAAAUUCUUAUUGCAUGAGUAGUUCUGUUCUGAUUUUAUUUUGGGUCUCAAAAAAAAAAAUUAGUGGCAUUGGAAGAUUGAGUCAUUUUAAGUAAAAAGUCAGGCUUAGCUGAGACGUGGUCUUUGCCGUAUGCAAGGUUUUUGGUUUACAUGUGCAGGCUUCAGGGUGGAGGAAGCUGAGGGUCCUCCUCUUGGGUUGUGGACCAUCACUGAUACCUCACUGGUCUUACAGAAAGUGACUUUGGUUCCUCCUGCAUCAGGCAGGGGGCUUCUGAUCUGGGCUAGUGGCGAGGACAUCACAGAGCUUCCCAGGAGAGGAUAGGUAGGUUUUGGUGUAUCUGGAGAGUUCCUGGCAGUUGGAGCCACCUUUUUGGGACCUGUUUGCCCUGGCUGUAUGUUGGGGAAGCAGGAUGGAGGGAGAUGAGAAGAGACCGCCCCCGCCCCCGCCAGCUGUGUCCACAGAGCCCAGUCAGGGAGGCCAGGUCUGAUGUACUUUAUCUAGGUGUGGGCAGUAUCAGUGGGCUGGGCUGAUUUAUGUCGCAGGCAGCAGGACAAUGUCCUCCCCUCCCUGUCCGCUGUAGUCCUCAUCCCCUUAAAGUGGGGUGGUCUGUAUGCUGGGGGCCUUGGGGGGCUCUGUGCUGAUAAGGUUAUAAGCUAAUGCUCUAUGGCUGGGGGCCUUCUUCCCACCUGCACCUCCCUGCCUGUCAUGGACAUAGACCCUGGGCUACUCACACCUUUCCCUCUUCUGGGAGAAUAUUUUUUCCUCCCUCUGCUAGGCCCUGGACCCUUCUUGGUGAGUACUCCUUGAAAGGCGUCUGGCUCUUAGAGGACACUUAUUUCAGGAACAAGUGAAUUCUGGCUUAGAGCUCAGCCUGGCUCUUUUGACACUCUUCAAGCCUUGGCUUAGUGGGAGACAGGCAGAGAAGAUGUGCACACAAGUCUCAGCAGGCUUGUCUUGUGGUCUCAGAAAGGGUGUGGCCCAGCAGCCUUGAGCCCCCAUGGAGGUGGGCCAAGCUGGGGGCCCAUGGGCCAGCUGGUUCUGGCAUGGAUAGACCAGGGCCUUCUAGUCCCCUUGGCCUCACCCGGCUUCCUGCAAGGAGAUGCCAUAGUGGAGGCUCCCAAAGUUAGCUGUGUCACAGGGCCCAGCAUUUUGGGGACCUCCAUGUUGGUGGGACAAUUUUGGAUAUUUCGUCUGCUGCACAUCUGAAAAGGGCCUGGUGGGAAUGGAAGGUCUCCAAGGAGAUCCCCCCAAGUGGUCUUACAGCCAGUCAGUAGGAGAUGCUGCUGGACAGGCCUUGGGCACACUGUGUAGGUCUGG